AUGAAGCGCUUAGUGUAUAAGCAGUUUCACUAUCCUAUGAUCAGAGAGAAAGUGGUUGAACAAAUGGUGCUGUGUUUUCCCUCCACACCCAAGAAACUGGCCAUGACCAUAGCAUGCUUCGUUUCCGGUGCUGCCAUUUUAGCUGUUGGAGUACACUUAUCUUAUGUCAAUGUUGCUCCCCAACAAGCUCGAACCAAAGCUCGCAAUGAUUUUGUCAUGGAGUUUUUGAAAAAGAAGUAUGGUUAUACUUCUCCAUAUGAGAAAUUGGCUCGCAAUGAUUCUCAUGAUAAGAUAACGCAGGUAUCCUCUACGAGAGACCUAUAUGCUCAGGCUCGCAAUGAGUUGGUUAAAGAGACAUUUAGUAACCUUGGAUUUAAAAAGUAG